UGUGCCCUGAUAUUCAGUGUGGCCCCAGAAGUGCCACCUGUCAGUGCUCAUCAGUGCCAUGUGCCAGUGCCCAUCAGUGCCAAGUGCCAGUGCCCAUCAGUGCCACCCAUCAAUGCCAAUCAGUGCCACCUAUCAGUGCUGCCAAUCAGUGCCACCUAUCAGUGCCAGUCAGUGUUGCCUAUCAGUGCCAGUCAGUGCCGCCUAUCAGUGCCAAUCAGCGCCGCCUAACAGUGCCAGUCAGUGCUGCCUAUCAGUGCCAGUCAGUGCUGCCUAUCAGUGCUGCCUCUCAGUGCCAUAUAUCAGUGUCAUGUAUCAGGGCUGCCUUUCAGUGCCCAUCAGUGAUGCCUGUCAAUGCCCAUCAGUGCCACCU